AUGGGUUUUGCCGAAGACAAAGUGUACGACUACAUUUUGAAAAACCUCAAGAAUUUCAGGAACAUCCGUGUGGCGUCGCUGGCCGAUUCCCUGAGCUGCCUGACUGAUGCCGACAGAGAUGAACUUCAUGCCCGGGAGGAAAUGCGAGGGAGCCAGGCGACAGUCUAUAAGUUUUACCAGCACCUGAAGUGCCGGCAGGGCUGGGUGCCAGAUCUCAUCGACGCGCUGCGCCAGAACAACGCGGGGCACCUGGCUGAUGAGCUGCAGCAUGUAUAUGACUCCUGGCAAGCCCGUAUGUAGCCUUGUUCCUCAGCUCCUGCUACUGCCUCCUUGCCUCCUGUGGCCAGCAAUUGCCGUCCCGCUGUCUCCUCUGUCGGUGCCCAGAUGCCAUCCCCAGGGCUGAACCCUGCUCCGGGUGGCCCGCUGGCUGAGCAGCCACACCAAGACCUGCUCGCUGGGAGCCGUCUGCCUCUCCUGCCCAGUGAUGCCACCGCUGCUAGCACAGACCUGGAUGCCAGGGCCCCGGUGCAGGAAUCGCUCCCCAAAAACCUCACAGAGAAAAAGAGUGCCUGGCCACCUCUGCCUAUGAGCACGGUCCAUGAUGGAGCGAGUGAUGGGCGCAGUGGAGACGGACAUCUCCCGCCCCCCACCAAGGCCAUGCAGGUGGCAGCGGGGACCCCUGUGGCAGCCAGCGUGGCUGUGCCAUCAGCUGCCUCUCCUGAGCAGGGCCGGGACUGGCUGAGCCGCCAGCAGCACCCGGUGUGUGUGGACAACGGAUGCUUCGGAAACGCCAACCACUUGCACCGUGGUGCGCCGGGCUUGGGUCUGGGCAGGUCUUUUCUGCCAAGGGAUGUAGGCGUUGCUCGCAGCCCUGAGCAGCCCAGGAACGAGCCCGAAGAGGACUUCUACGUCUCCACUGAGUCACCCCCGAGGCUGGAGGAGACCGCUCGCAGCGGGGGGCAGCAGCCCCCAAACUCACUGUCAAAACCACAGACUGUGCCCAGCUCCGAGCAUGGCAAGCCCCCAGGUAGCUUUGUGGAUGUUCUUAGUCCCCUCCUCAUACAACAACAGUUUGAUGCAGAGCAGAAGCAGGCCAGGAUGCUGCGAGAGCACAGGGGAGAUGAAGAUGCUCAGGUGGAAACAACCACCCCAGUUGCUACCCCUGCACCCAGAGGUGCUUCCCCAUCCUGCGACACCUCCCUGAAGCCUCCUGUACAAGAGAGAAACCUGCCUACAGCGGAGACGGCCAGCAGCACUCCCUCCAUGUUGAUAAAGGAGAAAGUCCUCCCGGCCUCGGUGGACUUUCUCCCGACAGUUGCACGAAGCUUUGAAGGUCCGUCUGGGAAGACGGCACCCCUGGUGAGCUCUGCCACGAGCAUCUGGGUGCCUUGCAGCAACGUGGAGAGGGACGUGGAGCUCAGCAAACCUGGUGUCCUCCUCUCCGUGGCUGGAGAGAGCCCAGAGGCAACUGGCAGAUGCCCGAGCUCUCGGCCCAGCAACCCCCAUUCUGGGGUGUCUGAUAGCCUCACCUUCAGCAGUGACCCGCUCAUGGUGAGCACGGAUAGCUCGAGCUCAGGAGGAGCUCUCUCCAGAGUUUCCUUGGGAUGCCUGGCUCCAGCACCUCAUGAGGACCCCAGGGGAGAGGAGGCAGCUGGAGCACGCAGAGACUCCUGUCCACCUCUGAGCUGGAACAACACCUCCCUGGGCACCCAUGAGGUCCACGUGGACCAUGACCCCAGCGUCCAUCUUGGGGCAGGCGGCGACCUCCGAGAUGGAGCCGGUCCCCUUGGAGACCCUCCAGUUUUUCACUCAAACAAAGGCUGUGGCACUGCGACCAGCUCAUCUCCAGGCAAAGUCCCCCCAGGGGACAGCAAUGGACUGUCCCUGCCAUACAUCGUUCUAGCUGGGGGCAUUGCUGUGAUUUCAGCUGUGGCAUUUAUGGUGUACGCUCGAUUGCAGAAAUAG